CCCUCCAUCCCUCAGCUGCACCGGGAAGAUGAGCGAGUCCCUGGUGGUCUGUGAUGUUGCCGAAGAUCUAGUGGAGAAACUGAGGAAAUUUCGCUUCCGCAAAGAGACCAACAACGCCGCCAUUAUAAUGAAGAUCGACAAAGAGAAAAGGCUGGUGGUAGUGGAUGAAGAGCAUCAGGGAAUAUCGCCUGAUGAACUGAAAGACGAGCUACCCGAGCGACAGCCUCGCUUCAUUGUCUAUAGCUAUAAAUACCAACACGACGAUGGGAGAGUUUCAUAUCCCUUGUGCUUUAUUUUCUCCAGCCCCGUCGGCUGUAAGCCGGAGCAACAGAUGAUGUACGCUGGAAGCAAGAAUAAACUGGUUCAGACAGCUGAACUUACAAAGGUAUUUGAAAUCCGAAAUACCGAAGACUUAACUGAAGAAUGGUUACGGGAGAAACUGGGCUUUUUCCACUAAAAGCAAAUUUCUGCAUUACUCCAAGUCUUUAUGUCCUAACCUGACCUUACUGGAACUAGACAUAAAUACUUAUUUAUGCCUAAAAAUGCACUGUUAUUUACAGUUGUUUUGGGUAUUUUUUUUUUUUCGGUUUCCUGCAGUUAAGAAUAAUUCUCCAAUUGUGCAAAGUUUGUACCAAGGAGGAGACACACUCUCCUUGAAGUAAUGAAACUUUGUGAAGUGGUCUUUUUGUUUGUUUUUGUUUUCGUAAUAUUUGUAACUGUCCAAUGGAAUACUUCUCUGCAGGGACAUUUUGCACUCUUUGAGACCAAUUUUUAGAACAUAAAUUUCACAUGUUCCUGUUUACCGUUGCCUUUGGGAAGUGGGAAUUAGCUCGUGAUGAGCGACGAAAACCUCCUUUGGACACAUACUGGAUAUUCUCAAUUUAAUAGCCAAGCGAUACGUAUUAAACUCGUGAAACCCAUCGAGUUAAGGUUUCCACCGACCCCACUUGGAGCCGACGAUAGUGUUAAACAUUUGACUCGCGGUAUCGUGAGCUGCUUUUUUUCAAUGAUUGCAGAGCCGCUCCGAUUUCCUUAAUCCUGUUUCUCUAAUCUCCAGUCAUCAGGUGACUCCACUUUGAAUCUUAGAGAUGUCUGCCUGGGGACAGUGAUAUGACCAUUAGGUUCUCUUCUUGUAGGAAAUUGCGUCUUAGACUUGUAGAAAUUCAAGGGAGGCUUUGACGCCACAAGGCAGAGGUGGCUAAGUCCCGUCCAGAUGUUACCCCCCUCAAGAAGUUUAAAAGUAUCUCCUCAGAUGAGCCCGUUUCCUAACCUUGCCAUUUGUGAACUCUAGGCGUUUUAAACCUUUUAAUACUGUGCCUUUGACUCGUUAGCUUUAAUCUCACCUGAAUUUACACUGCCAGAACUCCGGAUCGUGUGGGUGAUGACAACAACAUACAGUGUGGGUAGCCACGUUCCCUGUGCACAACUAGUUUUACAGUCUACGGGGCAGGCUCCCGAGAAAACAGCGAUUUUUAAAGCCUGCCCUUUUAUUUGUAGGAAAACCACCCGCCUUGCUAGAUACCAGAUCGUGUUGGACUUGUAGGAGUUGUCAGGUCAGAUGGACUCCAGAAUAAUGAACUCCUACUGGAGAGCAGAGAUUCGAAAUGAAUAAGUUUUAUAAAUUGCGGGCCCACUUUUCAAAAGCAGGCGAGUUGAGAGGUUUAUCGUCAGUCCAGCCGCAGACGUUUUAAAAAAUGGCCACCGGCUUUUAAAAAAGUGGGCACGUCGAGGAGAUGAGGGCCAGUCCGAAUAGAGGACCAGGGGAUUUCUAUUCAUCGCCAAAAAGGACGGGCUUCGGAUCGGGAUCAUUUUUCAUCUUGCCAAUUCAAACGCUCCGUGUCCCAAAGCUCCCGCGAUUCACAGUCGGAAAUCUUACUCUCAGGUGCUCAGUGUCGUAUUUAUUGAGCACUCACUGUGUGCGGGGUGCUGUACUAAGCGCUUGGGAGAGGACAGCACAAUAGAGCGGACACAUUCCCUGCCCACAACGAGUUUACAGUCUAGAAGGAAGACUCUCAAAGCGCGUGUGCUCCGUUCACGAAGUCUGCUGCACUAGGGGUCAUAGAGGAAGAGAACAAGCAUUUGACUUCUGUUAAAUGUGGAAAAGAUUCUUUAUUUUAUAUUUUCUUUUCCUCCCCGCCAAUGUGAUAGAAUAACUUAUUCCACUGCUUUGUGGAAUCGCUUGAGGUCAGCGGAUGACUUUGAUUCUGGGAUUUUUUUGAGGAUAUCCGGUCUGUCACCUCCCUGAGUGGAAAAUACAUUCCAUACCGGCACAGUACUACUAGUGAAGGAAAUAUGUAUUUUCUGUCCAUUAAUUUACUUCGCAGAAAUAAGAGGAAUUAGUGUGUCAAUGUUUUUAGUGAUCCUUUGGUUUCCUCUCAUGUCAUCUAGAGCAGUGCCAAGGAUUCCUUUGGAGAGUAGAGGGCUUUCGUCAUGGUUGCCGUAUUUACGUUUACCUUUUCAUCUCACUGCACAACCUAAAUGUCUCUACAGUUGCAUCUCCUAGAUUGUGUUUUUACCGCUGUUACCCUGGACCAAUCACCACAACAUUUCUCCUAGGUAUUUCAGUCAGUUCGGGCCCUCCGACCCUCAGUUUCCUCCUUCCUCUCAGCAUCUCCAACUGUGAGGAGACCGAGGGCCUCGGGUUACUUGGAAGCCAGUUAAUCCAGGUCGAUAGAAACACGGUAACUCCCCAAGGUUUAUAGACAUCGCAUUCGGCACGCCGGGUUCUUAAAUCCGCACCGCUUUAGAUGCUGAGCAGGUUUCAGUGGAGCCGACAGGACAGGUGAGAUCCAACAGGGCCGAGAAAGUCACCGUUUGACUUCCAUUCAGCUUGGCUUAUGCCAGGAAGUUACGCUACGGCCUGGAAAGUUUCUUUUUUGCUUUUUGUGGAGGGGGGAUUUUUGGUGUUUUAGUUCCAAAAUGUUCUGACGACUGGUUCGUGAAUGUGUUUGGAAAAAAAUCAGCAAAUCGUUAGUUUCAUUCUUGCCUAACGUCCGUCGGGUUUCAAGUUGGCUUAAAACGCCCGUGGGUUGAAGAGAGCGUCAUUACGAAAUAUGUGGGAGAAUUAUAAUUCUAAUAGGAUUGACUUUUUUUAAACCAGACUAGGUGUACCCUGGUCUGAAAUUGAUUUAAAACGUCCAGUUUGGAGAACACAUUACCAACCUAUUUUCCCGGUGACUUUUAAAUGCUGAGAGCCCGCUCUCUUUUUUCUUCCCCCACCUUUGUCUAAGCUCUUAAACUUCUCGAAAUUGCCGGCUUCCCUUUAAAACCCACGAGUUGCGUGGAUCAGGAAUUCAUGAAGUGGACUCGAGGUGCUCUGCUAUUUUCAUAAAAGUUUGAAUACUGCUAUUUGGUGGAUUAGAAAGCAAGUCGCGCGUUGUAACUACUCGUAAAUGUUUUUAAUACUAUGACGACCCGGCCCGGUGGGUCACGUCGACGAUACUGGAUUCUGGUAUUUGAGCCUUUUGCGUGUCGUGAAGAAGCGUCUCAAUGAGUCGAAUCUCAUUUUGUAUUUAAGAAAAAUGUAAAUAACUUGGAAUCUCCUAGGUCAUCAAGGGCCCCGAGCUAAAUCUCCUCGAGCCAAGGAACUCGGAUCAGUCGGUUUCCUGGUCAUGCCGAACUUUGUACCAAGAGCCAACCGAUCCUUCUGAGGUUGAUUUAGGACGGCAAAGGAAAGGUUGGAUUUCCUUUGGGAGCUGUGGGUCAGACCUAUGUGUUUUGAUCACUCGCUGUUAUUUUCUGCCAUCACAAACCGGGCAGGAGGCUUUUCCAACGCUGCGGGCCAGCCUAGUGAAUCUCAACAGUUUUAUGUGGUUAUUUAACAGUCCCAACAGUUGACUCCACUUACUUAUCACCGUUCAGUCUCUGCUAGCCAUAUUGCAUGUUUAAUUUACGCAGUCUUUGCUAAGCAUAUGCCUGUAAUGGUUCAAAUAAAAUGUUAAUAACUGA